CCAGCAACCCUCCUCCCCCCCCCCCACACUUCCACUCACUCCAAUCCGCACCUCAAAAUAUAUCCUCGCACAAACAUCUUUCGGCUUUGCUGCUGCCAUUUUUCGACCUCCUGUAAUUUACAUCCCGUCGAUAGCUUCCCCGCCGAGUUUGAUCAAGCCACCUCUCCUCCCUCCCACCCCCCUCCCCUCCCUCUCUCUCUCCUAGAAAAUUCCCGCCGGCGCACCAUUGGUCGAUCCUGCGUACGCUCAGAUGCGGGUCCAUCACAAACUUCACGACAACGCCGAUAGAGACGACCGUCCAGCUGCACCCAUCACGGCCACUACCUGACCGGCCUUGACAGCGGAGAAGCUGGAGGAGCGUACGCUUCUCGAGGUCGAGAAGCAGUGGCUUCAGUCCAUCACGCUCAGUGCUGCUGCGAGGGCUGCUUCCCGGUCCGCCGCGCUCGCAGAUAGUGUCAGAAUGGACCCUCCACCGCUCCCCUCGUCGUCGUCCGGCAGCAGGAGGAAGAACUUUGGUCAGCCAGAGCCCGAAUUCUCGCCUUACAGGUCGACCAGCCGUGAAGACAUGGCCUACGCCGCCAGAUCCGGCAUGGCGAACACCAUCCGCACCGUCACACCGGAAGACACCAUACCCGAGGGGCAGCCCAUCACCACGACCAACGACUUCGAGCGCUUCAUACCAGACAGGCAGCCCGGCUCGCCGCAGGCCGGCAAUGGCUCCUCCUCCUCGCACUCGCUGUCGAGCAGGUUCCGCGCUGGCUCCAACACCGAGCGGGCGCACCCAGCCUCGAUGCGCGAGCACCCUUCUCGACCUCGCACGCGGACGCUCGACGAGCGCUCGCCGCGCGACCAGUCUCCCGUCGCCUCCGGCUCGUACGGCAGAUCCCGCCAGCACCGCAUGGGCUCCGUCCACUCCGUCAGCUCGACCGGCUUCAGAGAGACCACCGAGGACGCCGUCCAUUCCAUCGGCCAUCCUGCCAUCGUACCCGCCAGCCUGGCCUUCAACCUGCCACUCCGUGGCGGCGAUCAGUCCCGCGGAAAGCUCAUCAAGAGUCAGAGCAGGGACAACGACUCGUUGCCCAUCUCGGGCGGCGAGGAUUUGCAACAGCUCUCGACCACCCCGACAGCCGCGAAUGCAAGCUCGACCUCGACCGCGGCGAUGAGCCGCGUGCCGCCCACGGAUACGCGCAAGAUGCUCCAGCUGAUGAAGUCGACGCGAGGCAGGAUGGAGGGCCCGCUCGCCUUUCGCAGGGUCGAGACGGUGCCCUGGUCGCUGUCGUACUGCAGCAUCAACGAUGAAUCCGGCAGCCUUGUGUACGAGCCCAAGAGCGGAGAGACGUUCUACAAGACGCUCAUCCCCGACCUGCGCGGCUGCAACAUCAAACCUGCGUGGGACGCCGAGUCGCACCUGCCCUAUCUUGACGUGUGGCCCCAGAAUUCGAAGCUGAAGGUCCACUUGCGCCCGCACUCGCAGGACGAGUUCGACUCGUGGUUCGCCGCGCUCCUGUGCUGGCAGCCCAUCCGGCCCAAGGGCAUGCAGAACCGCAUGACCAAGACGGCCGACGCCCCGCCGGGCUCGCGUCCGCUGAUGGACACGAGACGCCACUCGGAGGUUUCGCUGCAGCACAGGGAGGCGCCCGUCAUCAAGGUCGGCAAGAUGAUCUUCUGGGACACCAACGUGUCGUACAGCUACACGGGCACGCCCAAGUCCAAGGGCACCGACGACAAGGGCAAGCCCCAGGCGACGUCGCGCAUGCAGAGCUUCGGCUCGCGACGCUGGCGCCGCGUCUCGUGCACGCUGCGCGAGAACGGCGAGCUCAAGCUGUUCUCGGAGCAGGACCAGACGCUGGUCUCAUGCGUGCAGCUCUCGCAGCUGUGCCGGUGCGCCGUGCAGCGGCUGGACCCCUCUGUCCUGGACAACGACUACUGUAUAGCCAUUUACCCCCAGUACGCCACCUCGCAGAUCCCGCAGACCAACCUGCGGGCCAUCUACGUCAGUCUCGAGUCGCGCAUCCUGUACGAGGUCUGGCUCGUGCUGCUGCGAGCCUUCACGAUUCCCCAGCUGUACGGCCCGAAGCAGACGGUGGACGAGGAGACGCCGAACCGACGGCAUUCCAUCUCGACCGUGCAACCGACCGGAACCAAGGACAUGUUCCGCAUGGAGCGAACGCUGACCGUCCGUAUCGUCGACGCGAGGGUCACGGCGCCGUCCAGCCCACACGCUCACGAGCCCCAGGACCGCCCUCGGUCCGGCAAGAACGCGGACAAGGAGCCCGUCGGAGGCUACUAUGCCGAGGUGCUUCUCGACGGCGAGACGAGGGCCAAGACGAUGGUCAAGACGGCGCAGCAGGGCCCGCUGUGGCGAGAAGAGUUCGAGUUCCUGGACCUGCCCGCCGUGCUGUCGGUCGCGUCCGUCGUGUUGAAGAAGCGUCCGCCGAGCACGCCCCACAACGAGCGCAGCUUGCAGAAGGAGAUGAGACGGAUCCACGACGCGCUCAACGCGACCGACAGCAUCGGCGGUCAGACCGGCAUCUCGUUCGACGCUCAUGUCGGCAAGGUUGACCUGUACCUCGACGACCUCGAGCCGGGUAAGUCGGUCGAGAAGUGGUGGACGCUGACCGACCACUUCGGACAGAGCACCGGCGAGAUGCUCAUCAACAUCACGGUCGAGGAGAGUGUCAUUCUCAUGGCGCGCGACUACCAGCCCAUGUCGGAGAUCUUGCACAACUUCUCCAACGGCCUGACGUUGCAGAUUGCCCAGAUGGUGCCUGGAGAGCUGAAACGCAUCAGCGAAUGCUUGCUGAACAUCUUUCAGGUGUCCGGCAAGGCCAGCGAGUGGAUCUCCAGUCUCAUUGAGGAGGAGAUUGACGGCAUCACACGCAGCACGCCAGCCUUGCGACAUCGUUUCGCGCGCCGCACGGGAUCCAACGACUCAGGAGAAGGCACCCAGUUCGGCCCGCAGAUUGAUCGCGAGCUCAUGGUCCGAGACAUGGGCAAGUCGGCCACGCUCGAGGCGAACCUACUGUUCCGAGGCAACACUCUGCUCACCAAGUCUCUGGACUUCCACAUGAAGCGUCUGGGCAAGGAGUGGCUGGACGACACCCUAGGCGACAAGCUGAAGGAGAUUGCCGACAAAGAUCCCAACUGCGAGGUCGACCCCGCCAAGGUCGGCAACCUCAACGAUCUCGACCGCAACUGGAGGAAGCUGAUCGGCUGGACGGCCGAGUGUUGGAAAUGCAUCUACCAAUCCGCUACGAAGUGCCCCUCGGAUCUGAGAUCCAUCUUCAGACACAUCCGCGCCUGCGCGGAGGAGCGCUACGGUGAUUUUUUGAAAAGCGUCAGAUACAGCAGCGUCUCUGGGUUUUUGUUCUUGCGCUUCUUCUGUCCAGCGAUUUUGAACCCGAAACUUUUUGGUUUGUUGAAAGAUCAUCCUAAACCGAAUGCAAGACGUACAUUCACUUUGAUCGCAAAAUCGAUACAGACACUGGCCAACAUGGCUACUUUUGGCCAGAAGGAGCAAUGGAUGGAGCCCAUGAACACGUUUUUAACCUCGCAUCGCAGCGAAUUCAAAGCCUUCUUGGAUAACGUCUGUUCAAUCAGUGCCAUCAACAACGCCUCAACUUCACCCAUACCACCACCGUACAGCACACCACUGGCGAUACUUACACGUCUUCCACCAACGAGCCGGGAGGGCUUCCCAAGCCUUCCUUACCUGAUCGACCACGCAAAGAACUUUGCCGCUCUUGUGACCCUGUGGCUGGACCAUGCAAAUCAGCAAUCCCAUAUCGGAGAAGAGGAUGGCGACUUGUUAAAGUUCCAUAAUAUAUGCAUAAAUUUAAGAAACCGAACCGAAGAAUGCCUUGCCAAGGCCGAGCGUGCCGAGAGACCUAGCAGCACGCUCAGCUUCAGGUGGGAGGAGCUUGUCGAAGGCCUAGAGACGGCCAACACGCAGCGCGCCCAGGCCCGAAGCUUGCAUAGCCGCGUCGGCAGUUCCUCCGCUAGCACGACCAGGAGCAACCCCGAAUCUCCCAUCGAGGCGGCCCGGAACCGGGAUCGCGCAUUCGAGAUGCCCAUGAACGAGGACGUCAUCGUCCGAGCGAAGUCUACGACGGGCCGACGACACAACUCGCAGUCCUCGGCGAUUUCGAGCACCGCCAGCCCACAGCCUGGAAGCGACGGUCGGGAUGACCUUCAAUACGAUUCCGCGACGCCGCCACGUAGCGCACAUGACGACCAACCAUUCGGCUCGCACGCCAAAUCGUCUUCCCGCGCCAUCUACCCGUUCAGCGCCGGCUCUCUCUCCAGCACGGACACGUCUAGAACAAAGGACAGAAACGCGUCGAUCCACCUCCCCGUGACGCGUGAUGCUCCCUUGCGUGAAGGCACGCGUACUCCAGCCCACGGUAUCUCGCCUUCGGCUUCCGGCAACCUAAUACGCGAAAGCCACAAUCACUCAUCCUCCUCGGGUGAGGACCGCAGCUGGCUUGGCGACGUCGCCGAGGAUUCUCGUGACGCUGAAGCCAUAGCUCUGUCAAGCUGGGCCAACGAUCGUGAGCGCACCUGGAGAACCGAAGGUGAUGGCCUUGUCCGCUCGUCGACGAGCAACGGCCGCCCGACGCGCAAUCCGAACAAGAGGCAUGCCGUCGUCCAGCAGCGAGCAGAAGAGAUGGAACCGGGCGAGCCCAAAGACUGGACGGGCAGGCCUCUGCGCAGCAACGGUGGCUCGAGCGUGGAGAGAUUGCCACGAAGAGACUGGGCUAUCCCCACAGACGAGCGUCAGCGACGUUUAGUCAUCGAUCUCGCCGCUCAACGUGCCGAAGCCAUACGAGCGGGAAGUGCGGUGCAGAGUCCGACCUCUAUGGACGGCAUGGAAGAUGCAUUUUCCGGCCGAGGUCCCUUCGGCCGACUCGCCGUGCAAUCGAAUCUCACGUACCCGCCUGGUUCAAGUCAGAGCAACUCUUACCCCAACAGCCGUCGCGACUCCCGACAAGGCAGCAUCGUGAGCGCCCAAGAGGGCAGUGACGGGGAGGAGGGCACAACAGCUCUGCCCCGCAUGCAGUACAAGAACGCCGCAGCUGCCGUCGGUGCGGAGAUUGGCGUCACAGAAGGCUACUCUGGCUCCACAGAGGGCAAAAAGGAGAGGGAGAAGAGUGUCUUUGAUCGGAUCGGGUUUUCGAAGAAGAAAAGAUGAGGAGCGUCCCAAGGAGAAAGAAGAAAGGUACAAAUUUUAAAGUUGGGCAGAGAAGCCGCUGUCGUCUUCACGGCCAUCCUUACGUGUUGAGAUCUGCAUUUUUACGGGGUAGGAAAGGCUUUGGUUCUGUUUGUACGAUGACGACGAUGACGACGACGAUGUGUACGACCUUUACUUUUGAUGAUAAAUGGGACGAAGCAUGUGAUAUCCGAUCCAUCAAACUUUUUUGUAAGCGGUGGAGGAGCGAAAGAAGCUGUGUUGUGUGGGAAGCAAGCUGAGGCCAGACGUACAGACUCGUGUGUCUAUUUUUUUUUUCCACUCUUUUUUCUCCAUUUCAUUUCUUGGAUUCAAAGACAAAAGAUCUCAAUUCGGAGACAGAAUCGGACCAACAACCAUUUGAAUACAUCACGUAUAACCACCAACACCAACACCAUCCUCGUUAUCAUCAUCAUCAUCGUCAAAAUAGUUGGCUCUGAAGAUGGAUUGGGCUUUGGAAACAUGAUUUGAAAUUCCCAAUUAGGGUUUAACAAAUAUCAUCAAACCUAUUUAAUCAUUCAUACAUUCAUGCGUGGGCUCUCCUUU